AGUAAAAUAAGGGAUCGAAAGAUUUGGUCAUAGUAGAACCACGCCUUUUAGUGUUAUGUUUUAUAUAUAAAUCACCGAGUAUUAGAAAAAAGUAUAGUUAUUUCAGUAGUUACAACUAACACAGUGGUCUCAAUAUGGCAUUUAAAUUCAUCAGUUUUUUGGCCCUUGUAGCUGCCACCCAAGCUGGAGUUCUAAGCCCCCACCAUUCGUACUCGGAUGCUCCUUCAGUUUCUUAUUCAAGUGUUUCGACUCCUGAAGUAUCAUACGGUGGACCAAGUUAUGCUAAAGCAGCUGCUCCAGUUCACUAUGCAGCAGCUCCAGCAAUUCAAGCAGCUGCUCCAGUAUCUUACUCUGCCCCAGUAGCCUACGCCGCUCCAGCUAUUAAAGUAGCUGCUCCAGUGUACAAAGUAGCUAAACAAGUUAUAACUCAAGAUUACUCAACUCCAGCUCACUAUGAUUUUAGUUAUGGUGUGGAAGAUCCACACACUGGUGACGUAAAAAGCCAACACGAAACUCGCGAAGGUGACGUUGUUAAGGGAAGUUACUCUUUAAUUGAAGCUGAUGGUACCAAGAGAAUAGUAGAAUACACCGUCGAUGGUCACAGUGGUUUCAACGCUGUUGUACACCGUGAACCAGCCGCUCAUCCAGUUAAAGCCAUUGCUCCAGUUGCUGCCAAAUUCGUUGCUCCCGUUGGUUAUGCCCAACCUGUUGUAAAAGCUGUUGCUCCAGUAGCCUAUGCCCAACCUGUUUUGAAAGCCGUCACACCAGUAGCUUAUGCUCAACCUGUCCUGAACGCUGUUGCCCCUGUAGCUUAUGCUCAACCCAUUGUUAAAGCUUCAUACGCAUCUCCACUAGUAGCCAAAGUACCAGCACUUAACAAAGUAACUUACUCCAGUGCCCCUGAAGUAUCCUACUCCAGUUUUUCUGGUCCAGAAGUACAUGCUGGUCCUUCCUACUACCACCACUAAAAGAAUGUAGAUCUGUUUUUAAUUAGGAAUUAUUUAUUUAUUUUAUUGUUAUAAGAAAAAUAAACGCAAUUAUUAUAUUUA